AUGGCCGCCAUCUUAGACAAGAUCGAGAAGGAAGUCAACAACCUUGACAAUAAGAGCGACUCGGAAGAACCGCAGUCUUCCAAAGAUGAAGUACGGGACGAUGCCACGAUUUAUGACAAGAAGUGCCUCCUUGUGGAUAAGCAGAUAGAUGCAUUCGGCAUGGGGCACUACCAGUGGAUGAUCUGGUCGCUUUGCGGUCUGGGGUACCUCAUCGAUCUCAUGUGGGCGCAAGCCUUUGGGCUUGUCUUGUCGCCUCUGCAGCAAGAGCUGGGAUUCGGCAAUAAUGAGACUGGCAAGCUGUCGACCGCCUUCUCUGUCGGACUCACCGCGGGUGCAUUCGCCUGGGGCAUCUUAGUUGAUGUCAUUGGCCGGCGAUGGGCGUUCAAUCUGACGGUCCUGAUCGCCUGUAUAUUUGGGCUAUGUCUCGGCGUACCCGAUGACUACAACACCAUUCUAGUGCUCACUGCGCUGACUGGCUUUGGUGUCGGUGGCAACAUCCCGAUCGACACAACCAUCACGCUCGAGUUCACUCCAGAGAGCAAGCGCUACCUUCUUCCGCUGCUGUCAAUAUUCCAACCUCUUGGUGUUGUCAUUUGCAGUGUCAUGGCUUACGGCUUCAUUCCUGUUCACAGCUGCUCGCCCAAUUUCUCAGAAGCAGGUCCAUUGCCUUCAUGUAAGACUGUUGACAUCGAUGUAGCCUGCUGCAAGAAGGAUGAUAACGUGGGCUGGAGAUAUCUGCUAUACACUCUCGGCGCCCUCACCUUGCUGGUCUUUGUCCUACGAUCCGUCAUCUUCAAGUUCCAGGAAUCGCCCAAAUUUCUGCUCUUCCGCGGCAAGGACGCGCAAGCGAUCAAGGUCCUAGAGAACAUUGCGCUGUACAACAGAACAACAUGCAGUUUGACACUCGAGCAACUGCAAGUUGUUGAACGAGAGCAUAAUAGCCUCUCCAGUGGUGCUAGCUUGACCGAGGAACAGCCCUCCUGGUCAAGAAGUAUGCAGUAUGAGCUCGCACGCUUCAAGAUCCUCUUCUCAUCACCUCAGAUGGUCCGACUCACCACUCUGGUCUGGCUAACCUACAUCUGCGACUUCACCGGCUUCACCGUCGCGGGCUCGUACCUGCCGCGCAUCAUUGCGCUGAAGAACGGCGCACUCCAUCUCUCACUCGACUACACGUACCGCUCCUACAUCCUCAUCUACCUUCCUGGCACCAUUGGUGUCCUCCUCGGCUCUCUACUCUACCGCACGCCCAACAUCGGCCGCAAGUACACCAUGGUCGUUUCCUCCCUGCUCAUGUCCGUCAGCAUUUUCGUCUUCAGCACCGUGAAUUCACCCGCCUCAAACAUCGGACUCAACGCCAUGGAGUACUUCUUUCAGUCCAUGUUUAACGCCGUGCUGUACGGAUGGACACCCGAGGCUUUCCCGGCGCAGAUUCGCGGUACAGCGUGUGGCGUGGCCAGUUUCUGGGGCAGGCUGUUUGGGAUUGUGAGUCCGCUCAUUGCCCAGCAUUUGUAUGCGAGGAGUAAAGAUGACAAGGGCGAUGUGAACAGUGUGUUGUAUCUUGCCGGGGGAGUGACGCUGGGGUGUGUGGUUACGACGGCAUUAUUACCGGCAAAGGCAUUGAAGAGAUAG